UAAUUUCUUUUAACACGUUUUUAUAUCGUUAAAUAUUAUUCUUUAGAAACCUCGGAAAAAAAUCUAAUUUACGGCAACUAAUAAAAUCCCCAAAGCGUUCGAAGCUUUAUAGAAGCAUUAGUACUACAAUAAAACACAUGCCAUGAUUGUUUGCAACAUGUUAUACCCGUUUAUUAUACAUCGUUAGAAUAAAUACUUUCGUUUUUCUCUUUGCACAGUAAUUAAUACAUCAGCACGUGAAUUUUUUAGAGGUUUUGGCGAUCAUUUUUACAGCGAUUAGAAACACGCGUGUUAGCCUGCGUUGGUCCCGGCUUUCUCCUUUUUCCUUCGAAAUUAAAUGAUAAUUUAUGUUAAAAAAUGAGCGAAAAUGUACAAGGAACAUUCGUGUCUGAAAAAGUCUCGAAGAUACGAUGGAGACCAGAGAACUUUGAGGAGGCUAACAACUUUUUGACUGGUAGUUGGGAUGAUCCGUGGAGCAAAAUAACGCAUUGGACGUUUCAAAUGAACGAUGAUGGUGAAUCGUAUCCAGCAGUGGUUUCCUCUUAUGCUGUGCUCGGAGAUGUUACAGAGAUAAAGUUUAUUUCAAAAGAUUUGUUUGCGGCAUCAACAUCUACAGGCACAGUCAAAUUAUUGGCAAUUCCUGAAAAUCCAUAUUCUCAAUUCAAAGAUCGCAGAACUUGGGAACACAUACACAAAUUUAAAUCAUCAAAUUAUGCAUCUUGCACUGCGCUUUCCACCUUUGACCAUGAUAUAGUUUCUGUAGGAACAGAUGGGAGAAUCAAUCUUCUAACAGUCGGACAGAAAAAACUAGUUAGAGUUAUAGAUGAAGCUGAUAGUUGUUCUAUAUAUUGCGUUGAUUUCUUGAGGCAUAACGAGAUACUCACAGGAAAUUUAAGGGGACACAUGAAAGUCUGGGAUCUAAGAAGUGAUCAAGAUAUUCCUGCCACUACCUUCAUGCUUUCUGAUCAAACAAAAACCGAAGCUACGAGCAUCGCCCAUCAUCCAACCCAGAGGCAUAUCGUUGUUGCCGGUGGCGGUGAUGGUAGUUUAACAGUAUGGGAUUUGAGACACAAUACGUAUCCAAUGUCUCAGCUUAACGCUCACGCUAAGGCUGUCAGCGAAAUACUUUUCCAUCCUGCCAGACCUGAAAAUUUAUUUACGUGUUCGACUAGUGGUGAAUUAUGGCAUUGGAAUAAUUCUCAGCAUUCGAAGCUGAGUUUGGAUCCCUCAAACACUCAUUGGUUGAAUAUGAUAGGAACAAAUGGUAAAGUCAAUGUAACAUCGCUUUGUAGCGCUAUGCACAAACCGAUAAACAGCAUUGACAUUGACAGAUCAACCUUGUUGUUUGGAUGCGAUAACGAAGCAAUGUACAUUAUCAGGGAUAUAAUGCUAUAAUGGCUUGCUUCGAUUAUAUUUUUCUAAUUGUAAUAAUGAUAAAUAAAUAUCUUUUUUAUU